AUGGAGCAGUUCCAUCACGGCCACCACAUGCGGCUGCGCAGCAGCGAGCUCGGCACGUACCUGCACGCCGACGAGGACGGGCAUGGCGUCUCCCUCCACCGCCGCCGGGCGUCGAUGAAGGCGGCUUGGGCGGUGCACUUGUACCAUCCACCCCAGGCGCAGGUGCAGUACCUACUCCUCCACAGCGCCGCCUACGGUCGCUACCUCGCCGCCACGGACGAGCCGGCGCCUCAGGGCCACCGCGGGCGCCGCCGAUAUUGGAGAGCUAGGAUAGCAGGGCCUGGAUGCAUAUGCUCUAAAAAUCCACGUCCUCCGGAGGCGGACGCGCAGGGGAUCUUCUGGCUGGCCGUCCUGACGGCGUCCGGAGACGAAGUCUUCCUCUGCAACUUCUACGGCGGCUGCCUCCGCGCCAACGGGAGGUACCGCCCCUGGAACAACGGCGCCAGUGUCGAAGACGUCGACAUCAACGACAUCGGCAGCCUCAGCACGAUGAUGCACUGGGUGGUGGAGGACAUCCCCGCCAGGGAGAUCACGCCUCUCCUUCCACCUCCGGCUUGGCUUCACCUCCCCGCCGUCAUAUCGCCGUCGCGGAUGAUCGUGUACCUGUGGCUGGACGCCGACAGGGCCGUCAUCAGCGAAGGCUCGUUCAUGUUCAGUGGGAGGUCCGUGUUCCGCCUGAGGAGCGAGCUGGUCAGGUGGCUCGCCGACAACGACAUCGCAAUCGUGGACGCCCCCGACCUCGUCAUGUGCCUCCCCACCCGUGAUGGCCGCAUUUUCCCACUCGUCGUCGACCUGCCCCGCAGCCUCCAGCCCCUCCACAUCAUCGUCGUCAUCGUCGGGACGCCUGCUCAUGCGGCGCUGCGGUACGCGGAUGUCGAUGCAGAGUAGAGAGAUACCCCUAGAAGUCGCCUUCCUGUCCACCUCUUCAGAAGUUUCGCCGCCUCGACAACAUUAUAAUCCAGUUUCUUUCAUAGAGAUAUGGCUUCAGAAAAACCCAGCAGUUCAUUUGUUCCUGCUAGUUAAACUUGGUCUGUUCUCCUGACAGUAGGAUACCUAUUUGGUUUGCCAUCACGGUUCUAAAACUCUGAAACCGUUUGAGCAAUGGUGCAGUGACUUUAGUCCGUAAUGCAUUGACAAUGGCCACUACUUCAGCGUGGCUAGCUGCAUUUCUCUUAGGU